AUUAAUCCGCCACCUCGGAUUUGUUCGCUAAACACGAACACUAAAAAAAAAAGCAAACCCUGUCUGUGAAAUAACCUAAAAUUUUGCAUCACAAAGCAAACCAAUCUUCUGGUAAAAACUCUGCAGCCACCUUAGCACAUUUCCCUCUGCGUCUGUAGCCCGCAACGGCACCCAGAAGUGAACAAAGCGACCCGGAAGCGCUGAUCCAACUGGAGGCAGAAAGAACAUCAAGCUUUUAUUUUAUAGCUGGACUUGCAAGACAAUAUCUGCACGCGGGACGUCAGGAUGGCGGAGCCUCGAUUCAACAACCCAUAUUUCUGGCCGCCGCCACCCUCUAUGCCAGGCCAACUGGAUAACCUGGUCCUCAUCAACAAGAUCAAGGAGCAGCUGAUGGCCGAGAAGAUUCGACCUCUCCACCUGCCGCCUACCUCCGCCGCCUCUCAGCAGCCCUUACUCGUUCCCACCUCAUCCCCGGAUGGCGGCGGACAGCAUGGCAUGCAGGUGCCAAAACCUCAGAGCCAGCAGGUGUCAAACCAUCACCCACAGCCACAGGGCUCUGGUCAGCCUGAAAUUGCUCUGCAUGCGCGCUCCAGCUCCAGCUCUGGACCAGAUGGAAAUAUGGAUGACAAGUCAGCAAUAAAGGCCAAAGGAUUAUGGGAGGACUGGCACAUGAGACAACUUGGCGAACAGCCUGGCCGGGUCAACCAUCGCUCAGGUCUGGCUCCAUCCCGACCUGACAGCCACAGCACCUCCGAAGCUCUGACCCCCACAACUCCCACCUCCAGCAGCCAGAACCGCUUGGGUGGUUCUCCCUCAGUGAACAUCAUCUCUGGGCUGGCUAGCGGCCCAGGUAUGGACCACAUGAAGGCCGGAGGCCUUGCGGGACUCCUGGGCCCCCCACCCAAAGCACCCCGAGGGAGGAAGAAGAUUAAAGCGGAAAACACAUCUGGGCCUCUGCUGGUGGUGCCCUACCCCAUCCUAGCUGACCAAGGCUGUGUCACCGUCGCACCCAAAGAGGGCAAAACCUACAGAUGCAAGGUCUGCCCGCUCACCUUCUUAACCAAGUCAGAGAUGCAGAUUCAUUCCAAGUCGCACACAGAAGCCAAACCGCACAAAUGUCCCCACUGCUCCAAGACGUUUGCCAAUGCUUCCUACCUGUCGCAGCACCUGCGCAUCCACCUGGGGAUCAAGCCCUACCACUGCUCCUAUUGUGAGAACUCCUUCCGUCAGCUGUCGCACCUGCAACAGCACACCAGAAUCCAUACCGGUGAUAGACCGUACAAAUGUGCUCACCCUGGAUGCGAAAAGGCUUUCACCCAGCUGUCCAACCUUCAGUCUCAUCAGAGGCAGCACAACAAAGAUAAGCCGUACAAAUGCCCCAACUGCUACCGUGCCUACUCGGACUCUGCAUCGCUGCAGAUCCACUUGUCAGCGCACGCCAUCAAGAACGCUAAAGCUUACUGCUGCAGCAUGUGCGGCCGCGCUUACACCUCAGAGACCUACCUAAUGAAGCACAUGUCCAAACACACAGUAGUGGAGCACCUAGUGAGCCAUCAGUCGCCCCAGAGGACUGAGUCCCCCACCAUCCCCAUUCGCAUUUCCCUCAUCUGAGUCCUCUGGACGUUCAACAGUCGUAUGGAGAGGCCUUAUGUAGACGGCCGUGGGACGGCGUGGCCCCGCGGCCGUCUACAUAAGGCGGGCGUUAACGUUACGACAGCUGGCGUAAGCAUUCGGUGUUGGAGUCAGCCAAAGGACGGCCUUCAUCUGUCUUGUGGAGAAAUGAGCACAGCAUUACUUUGUGAAUGUAACCAAGCAGCUUGAUGCUGUCCGGGGAAUCGAGCGGCAAAGAAUGUCUUGCGUCAGAUUCAGUAAGCACUUUUGUGAGCCUCCGGAUGCAUCGCCCAGUGAAAUGUUUAGGCUGCUUACUUUUUUUUCUUCCCCACCCUUUUUUUUUUAAUCUUAUCUUUAGGUAGGUUUCUAAAAUGUGCCAGACGAUGUUUGUCCUCUUAAAGAUUUGAAAAGGUAAAAAAUAAACAAAAAAAAUGCUUGCUGGGUGUAUUCAGAAGACAUCCAAAGAUAAUCUUAACGCACUUUUUUGGCCUUGUGGUUUUAGCUCAAAUUGUUUCAAUCUUAUUGGAUGGAAAAUGCCAAAGGGCAUUACUUGUGGCAGCUAAGGGUACAAACAGCAACAGUCUACAGUGUCAUUCUCUUUUCUUUCUCACGUUUCUACACCAGAACAGGGUCCUUUAAAUUUGAUUAUGGCAAUCGGUUGAUGACAAUUAAAGAUCAUAUUUCACAAUAAAUGAUCAUCUUGAUAGAGGAAAAAAACCUGAAUGUUGUUUGCUUAAAAAAAAUCUUAUCUUCCAUUCUUUUUGAGAUAACCUUAUUAUAUUGUCAAGAAAACUGCUUCCCACAUAAUUUGGUGCCAUAUAGAAACUUUGAGGUUUUAGGGAAAAAUCUGAUCACCUGCUUUAGGAUUUACAAAACAAAAGGUUGCUGCUGGAUCUAAAUACCUGACCCAUUUAGCCCCUUCGAAAAUGAAAAUAAAAUAUAGUACAGCUCCAACAAAUGUCUCAAUUCAGAUGGUUUAUCUUAAAUCUAACCACUGAACCAAAAUGUGAAUUUAUUGUACAGCUCCACUUUCCCUGUCAGGAUUUCUUUAAUCUCUAAUAAGCUUUACACAUUUGGAUCAGACUCAUUCAGUAGGCCAAUAUUCUGAGAGUGUAUGCAGAGGUGAAUCCUUUGUUGUUGUUGUUUUUUUUACUUUUUAUUUUAACCCAGUUAGUAUUUUAACUGUAUACAGUAUUGUUUUAUAGCAUUUUACUGUAAUUGAAACCUUGGAAUGGUACUAAAAGGGUCCCCUGUAUUCUUCAGGGUACUUCAGAAAAGGUGCUGGAGCAAGAUGUUACAAUUGAGAUGAAACUGAACGUAAUGUAAAAUACAUAUACAGUAUAUAGUAUGUUUUUAACAAAAAAAAAAAGUAUUACUCAAGCCUAUGGCCUGAAAAAAGGACAUUUACGCCAACAACAGAUCCUGCCUCCUAAACUUUUUCUCUCCUUUGAGAUAAUGGGAAAAUGUACAUGUUGCUGUACUGUAAAACAUGUUACUCAUUUAUAGUACCUAUUUCUAAGUUUCUAUAAACGUUCUUAUUUUGUUCAGAUUUCUGUAUGAACUUACUGUAAUUAUUUUAGUCUACCAGUAUGUUCUUAAUAUUCAUGUUUUGUAUCACUUAUGUAAGCCUCAACUGUUUUAUCACCCCAGUUUCAUUACUCUGAAUUGUGUUGGGCAGUAUUCAGUCAUGUAAACAUUUUUCUUUCCUUUCUUCCGCAUGGAGUUACUAAACUGUAAUCUGUAUAACUGUUUGACUCAUGUCCUCUAUGAGAAAAAAAAUUGUGUAGAUUUAUGACUUUUUAUUUUCCUGUCUUGCAUUGUGGUUUCAUAUACAGUUUCUAGACACCUAAAAUAUGCACAGCCAAGACCGAGAAGUCAAACGAACGAAGGGUUCAUGUUUGAAAAAGGAAGAAAAAAAGGCUUUGUAUCUUUACCUUGUUUAAUAAACAGACUGUUAUAAAUGAA